AUGGAGGGGCUCGCUGAACAGUUUAAUACAGCCAGACCUCUCCGCAUCAUGCACAGCGAGCAUUGCGGUGCCGCCGGGUGUGGUUUUUCACCUGCACCUGAUGUCUCAAGUACAGUUUACAGGUACAAUUUUAUUUGCUCUUGUUUCAGUGCGUCUUUGAGACACACAUCAUCAACAGCCAAAGUGUGUCUGGUGUGUGGAGAUGAAGCGUCAGGAUGUCACUAUGGGGUUAUUACAUGUGGAAGCUGUAAAGUUUUCUUCAAAAGAGCAGUAGAAGGUCAGCACAACUACCUUUGUGCUGGGAGGAAUGACUGUAUCAUUGACAAGAUACGGCGGAAAAACUGUCCAGCCUGCAGAGUACGGACGUGUCUACAAGCUGGGAUGAAUCUUGGGGCACGGAAGUCGAAGAAAUUGGGGAAGAUGAAGAGUGUUAGCGAGGAUUCUUCCCUGCAGAACUCAAAGGACAGGCCUCCGUUUCUGACCUCGGAGAAAGAGUUGAGCUCUGCCAGUGCUCUUGUCCCCCACGUCCCCACGGUAGCACCGUUUCUGUCACCGUCUGUGUGUAGCGUCCUGGAGCUCAUAGAGCCUGAAGUGGUGUUCGCUGGCUAUGACAGUACACAGCCUGACACAACCGACCACCUGCUCACCAGCCUCAACCAACUCGCUGGCAAACAGAUGAUCCGAGUGGUCAAGUGGGCCAAAGUACUUCCAGGUUUCCGCAGUCUACCCAUUGAGGACCAAAUCACGCUGAUCCAGUAUUCCUGGAUGUGUCUCUCCUCCUUCUCCCUCAGCUGGAGAUCCUACAAACACACCAACGCCCAAAUGCUCUACUUCGCCCCUGACCUCGUCUUCAACGAGGAACGUAUGCAGCAGUCAGCCAUGUACGACCUGUGUGUGGGCAUGCGGCAGGUGAGCCAGGAGUUUGUCCGUCUACAGCUAACUUAUGAGGAGUUCCUUGCCAUGAAGGUCCUGUUGCUGCUCAGCACAGUGCCCAAAGAUGGUCUGAAAAAUCAAGGGGCAUUUGAGGAGAUGCGGGUGAAUUACAUCAAGGAGCUCCGCCGCUCAGUUGGGAAAGCCACUAACAAUUCCGGCCAGACGUGGCAGCGCUUUUUCCAGCUCACCAAGCUUUUGGAUGCAAUGCAUGAACUCGUGGGGAGCCUGUUGGACUUUUGUUUCUACACUUUCCGUGAAUCCCAGGCUCUGAAGGUCGAGUUCCCUGAGAUGUUGGUGGAAAUUAUCAGCGACCAGAUACCAAAGGUGGAGUCGGGCCUAACACACACCCUCUACUUUCAUAAGAAAUGACUGAAAGCUCACAAAAGGAGGGAAAAAUUAAGGAUCAAAUGGAAACGCAGAGGACACCCAGCCCUCAGAGAGCGAACAAGAGCAAGCCCGCUAUGCACAAAGCAAGGCGUAACAAGAGGCUUGGUUUAAAGCCAUAUAAGGCUUGUGUAGUGAGGGAAGGCAAAGAGCGAUCUCUGUACCCGGUCAACAGAGAAGAACUCCUAUUUCAUGUGACAGUGCGUUCCUUAACCCCAAAGACAAUGCUGACAGUGUUCUGUGUGGAUAUGAAGCCAUAUUCUUUGGUAAAGCUAUAGUGCAUAGUCACAUGUGAAUACAUGACACACACAGAAAUAUGGGCCCACAUACUAGACAUAUCCUUGAAUCCCAGACCUGUCAGUCUGCCAGUAAACACCACUGCAUUUGUAUGUAACUAUCAUACAUUCUGGCAUUUAUAAAAUUACAGGCAAGAUUCAGUAAUAAAACUGCUUUUUAUUGCUGAUUAAGACAGAAAAAUGUCCUGCAUCACUUUCAUGAAAAGUCGAUUAAAUUAGGGUGUUUGCAAAGAGGAAAUAAGAUACAUUACAAGGGCUACAAUAUGUUAGAUAUAGCUAAAUUGUGACUAAUUGGUGCACAGAAGUGAUUGUAGAAAGAAUCAAAUUGAAAUCUAUCUGCAAAAAUGGCAUAAAUGUGUUUUUUGUUGACUUGACGUUUUUACAUAGUGAGUACUGGCCACGCUGAUGCAGUGCUGUGGUGGCCUGAUGAUUGAAAGCUGAAAAAUGGCAGCUCAAAAAAAAAUGCUAUUGAACUGGACAGAAAAAAAACUGCAACUAUAACAAACAUUAUGGCUCGUCUUGGAAAAAAAUGAGCUCAUGCAGACACACAUGCCACAUUUUGUGUGCGAGCUUGGACUGUAGCAAAUUUAGUAAAUCAUACCUAAGCUGUUACUAAACCGGCUCCCUUUUGACGUUAAGGAAAAUACAGUACUAAUUUACAAUUCCAGAAAAGAAAGGCAUUUUAUAUGAUUGUGAAGUUUUUGUGUUUCAAAGAAUCAAUCCAGCUAGAAGCCAUUUAACAAGGUGCUUCUGUUUUCUUAACAUAAAUAAUAAUAAUUUUCAGUAGCAGCACAUGUACAGUUAGAUACCGUAUGGGGAAAAUCAUACAGCUUUCAUAUUAGCAAACAACAAUAACAGCUAUAGUCCACGUAGUAGUCUACUGUAAGAAAGAGACAUGGUUACACAGACUAAUAACAACAGUAUCCUGCUCAUAAACACACAAUAUAUGUGUAUCAUAUGAUUAUAAUUGUUGCUUGUAGGAAGAUUUUUCAAACGUUGUACAUAGGACGUUUUUGAUUUAAACCACCUUGCAAUUAAAACCUGGCUAUUUGGGGAAAUACCAGUCGACUUGCGAGUACUUGAGUGAAUUGUUUCUUAAAAAAGGAAUUUGGACCACUGUUUCAUGUUUCAUAACCCCACUGUGCUGCUGAUUGAAUAAAAAGAGGUACCACUAGUUCUGAAAUGCUGUGAGUCAGAGGACAAUGAAGGUUUGAGUGUGUUUCGUGCGUUUGUGUGCAUGUAUUUGUUUGUCUGUUUUUCUCUCAAAUGACUUAAAGGCACAGGAAAGCUGAAUGAUUUUUGAGAGGGCAUUGUUGGUUUUCUCUGAUAGGAUUAGAAUGAUCCUAUUAGCUGAUUUUGAUUUGCACAGGCACAAUAAUGUGAUCAUUGGGAUAUUAGAUUUUCAGCUAUUGUGUUGGUCAUGUAAUGUGCUUUGGGGGGUGGGGUGGGGGUCAGGUUGGGACAUUUGUGAACUGGAAAGGUCAGAGAACUUUUGAUGUUUGCCUUUUUGAUGUAGCUGGUUGGUGGUAAAAAACUGUUGGGGGACAAAAAAAAUCAUAAUUCUAAUCAUUUAAAUAAGAACAAUCAAAUCAAUCCGUGGUACCCAGGCAUAACCCAUUUCACCGACCUGUCAAUACACUGUACGUUGAAUGUGUUUGAUGGACCUAAAACUAGAUGUUGAAAAAUUAUUUACAGUAGUCUCUUUUUUUCCCCAACCUUUCCCUUUUUUAAAUACACCGAUAUAUAAAUGAGAAUAAAUGUUAAAAGGUUCAUAGGAUGUAUGUGAAGUAUUUUUUGAGAGAUUCUAUUUUGCCGGACUCAAUAUAUUAGUAAUUUGUCUAAAAAGAAUAUAUGAGAUCUUUUGUAAAGUGAAACGUUUAUGCAUGCUUUUUGAAAAGAUGUUUACAGUGUAUUAAAGAAGGGAAACUUGUGCCUUUUUUCUCAAAAGUUACCAUUUUUCAGUAUCUAUUGUAAAUAAAUCAGUGAAUUACGAUGUUGCGUUGUAUGGAACAUUUCUAUAUUAAAUAUUUGUCAGAGGCUGGGAUGAAGUUCACAUAUUUCCCUGACCUUAGUCAAUCAGAAUCCAGAGCAAGACCCAGAGAGCAUGAUGGAUUCAUUUACAUUUAAUUUAUAUUUUCUUUUCACAGCAAGAGAGACUUGUUUACUCCCCGAAUGUCACUAACUUAAAACUUGUCAUUUUGAUCUGUAGUAAUGUGAACUAAUUGUAUGUUUUUGUG